AUGCCGCACCUCGCCGCCCAUGUCCUCCGCGCGCCGAGCCUGCUCAAGCGUAUCUGCACCUUCCACAUCGACGCAUCGGCCAAGGCGCCGGCUCUACCACAGCGCUGUUGCAGCAUCCGCCUGCGCAGCACCUACAAGCUUGACGACGACGGCAACGACGACGUUGCAGUGAACGGCCAGCGCGGCUCCAUGUGGUCUCUCGUCCUCGGCGACCGAUGUCUGCCAUUGCUCUGUGAGCCGCACCUCUUUGCGCACGCGAUUGCGCGCGGCGACGCCAACAUCCUCGGCUGGCUCAUCUCCCAAGGACGCGUAGCGUGGACGAAGGAGCUCCUCAUGUUCACCACCGACGAGCGUUAUGCAUGCCCCGGCGCUAAACACGAUCUUGGCGGCGCGAUGACGAUGCGAGCGCUCCACUGCGUCGCCCGUGCGGCAGAGAAAGGUCAUCUUGCAGUCUUGCAGCUCCUUCACGCGAAUGGCUCUUCCAUGGGCGACGUCUGGCAGUUCGUUUGCAGUGGCGGCCACGUCAACGUCGCUCGCUACGUUGUGACACAUGAUCUUGGUGUUUGGAACGACGCGUUCAUUAACACAGUGGCCGAGAAGAGCCUUGUUGAUCUGCUGCACUUCCUCCUCCGCCGUAGUUACGGUGGCGUCAAUCAACGGACGCUUGCGCUGGCCAUCCAGCACAACCAGCUCCAGUCCGUCCGCGAUCUCUUCGCACACAAGCAUUGCCUCGCGCCGCUCUCGUUUGAAGAUGCGCUGCGGGAUGCAGUUGAGUACGACCGGCUCGACAUUCUUCGCUGGCUCUGCAACCAAGCGCGACGCACGUGCCUUCUUGGACGUGGCGCUGGCAACGGCGACGUACUACUGCGCGUCGGCUGCUGUCGCAUGCAUCAAUGCCGUCAUGAGCCUGCACGCCAGCAAGCAGCGUAUCCGCUCCGUGUUGCUGUCCAAGCUCUCUACUGCAGCGAGCAGCAGAGCCGAUGCGUGCCAGAGAUGCAGUCGUUUGCUCUCUUCCACGAGCAAUUUGGUGGCUGGCUGGCUCGGCAUGAUCUCUCGCAGCUCGACCAGCUCUGCCAACCCCACCUCUUUGCGUAUGCCUUGUCGUACGGCAACAUGGAGAUCCUCGAGGAGCUUGAUGUCGAGUUUCGAGCGUCGCACCAGCACGUCCAGCUCAACGGACUUGGCUGCCGUCCGUGCUGCGUGGGCCAACUCGACAAGCUCACAUAUCAAAAUGUGGUGCAGCACGCGACCGAGUCGGGCCACUUCGACCUCCUCGCCCACUUGGAAGACGUCGGCUUUGCGAUGGACGACGUGUGGUAUCGCGUGAGCUUCUUUGGCGAUCUCGAAAUCGCGCGCUACGCCCACGAGUGCGAGUUUGACGGGUGGUUGCCAAGAUACGUCUACAACGCCGCUGCCAGUGGCCACCUCGGCUUGAUCAAGUUCUUGGACAAGCACCACUUCAGCGGCUUUGACUCUGAGACGAUCUGCGGCGCGGUGCACAGUGGUAAUUUGGCGCUCGUCGACUACCUCUUGACGCACCGGACCGAAGGCACACUGCGCAAGGCCCUCAAGACGGCAGCCGAGACAGCCAACCUCAAGAUGCUUUGUCAUUUGGUCGGCCGACCGGGCGUGAGCUGUGCAGAAUGGCGAGCGUACGUCACGCGGAGCCAUGCGUGUGCUGCGUACCUCACCGACGUCAUGCGCGUGCGUACGUCGCGUACCCGCAUCUACAAGCAGAGCCUCAAGCGCAAGGCGUCCGAGAUGACGUGA